AUGAGGUUCUACCGGCCAAUCUUUCUGUGUGAGGUGGAGGGAGCUGCAGAGACGCAAUUGGUUGUUCAAUCGACUCAAGAGAAAGGCAAGGACAAUGAUCUGAUGACAGUCAGCGACGUCUCUGGCUACAAACCCAAAGCAAGUCCAAGACUCGUCGAUCGCUGGCUGGACCUUGUUGUGCGAGUAGCUGGCUCGGCUCCGAUUUUCCUCUUUAUAAUCGGUGGCCUUCUCGUGUGGGCUUUGAUGGGAAUUCACUUUGGUAACUCGGAUGUGUGGGUUGCUAUCAUCUCUGAUGUGCAGGCUAUUCUAUGCUAUGUAUUCGACUCAUUCUUGAUGCGACAACUUCUUCGGGAGUACUCCGAGCAACGCACGGUCAUGGUCGAAAUGCACUCUCGCUCCAAUAGUCAUCGCAGGAUGCUUGCUGCGCUCAACAGCAAGCUGGGACCAGAGACCACUCGCUGUGUUGCUGAAAUGUGCAAAGACGAGCCUCUGCAUCCACUCGAUCCACCCAUUGAAAGCCAAAGUCUGUUCGCUCGGUGCAUGAUCUUCUCGGCAAAGCUGUUUGGCCAUCUCAUAACUGUUGGGCUGUACUGGGUGUGCAUCUUUAUCUGGCUUGGUUUUGGCCAUAGCUGCGGAUGGUCAAAUCGCUGGCAGCUAUACAUCAAUGAUGCCACGUCCGCUCUAAUGGUUCUUGUAUUUGCUUUCCUGGCUUGUCUCCGAGAAUGCUACGCUGAUUAUACCAACACCUGCGUUGAUGCAAUCUUCCGGCUGGAUGCGACGCUUGAACAAGAGCUCCGCCGCCUCACUCAAGACGAGAUUCCAAACACAACUGAGGUCAUUUCGGCACCCAAGGAAAGCUACUUGCAAGUGGUUGUCUAUUACUAUGCCGAUGUAAUUGGCACACUGCUUGGUAUUAUCAUUCUGUUGUUAGUGAUCGUUACCUGGGGUGCCAUUGGCCCUGUCUUCAAGUUUAACAACACCUGGUGGCUACUUGUUGGGACCUAUGCCGGACUAGUUGGUCUUUUCGACAGCUUCGUACUCCGGAACAUCCAAGGCAAAGUCCACAAAUCUAUCAGCAGCCAGAUAAGUCGCGUGGAACGAGGAGAUGAGCCCAUCUUUGCCACACUCUCCAUGCAGGUUCCUUCAGCCGAUAAUCUCAAGUGCCCGUCUUUGAGCCGCCGUGUAUCCCGACACAUGGAUAAAAUCAGUUCCCAUCUCCUCAUGGUUGUAGCUGGCUUUCUAUUGACUAUUGGGUGUCUCACAGCCUCGAGCGCAAUGCACUGGAGCUUGACGGGUCAAUUGAUCUCAAAUGUUCCGCCUAGCAUCAUCGAGAGUUUUUUCAUGCUCAUUCUCAUUACUGGACAGAAUGACGCAGAAGCGAAAUCUCGCAUCAGCCUGACAAAUAUCUACUUCCGGCGCCAACGAUUACUAUCGUUCGUGAAGCAUGCGAAGGGUUUUUGCAUUCCUGAAAUGUAG